CCGCCAAUACAAUUUAUAAAUCUCACUGUGUUAAUCAUUUUCCAGUGUCUGUGUAUCAAUUGAUAAUUAAACCUGCUGGUAUUUUAUCACCCCUAUCCCUAAUUCCUGGACACAACAUACUUUGACAAGUUUCAUCGGUUCAAAUUACCGAAAUGUGGCGCAUUAAGAUAAUUGUCCUCUGUUUGACGGUGAUUAAUGUUUUGGGAGAUUUACCACCGGGUACAAGACGUAACACAUAUUUGCCACCGGAGCCUACAAAAGGAUAUAACUACAAUACACCACCAGUAACAUUUCCACGACCAACACCAGGAUUCCCAUCAUCAAGACCAACAUCUCCCUUUCCAGUAGGACCUACAAGACCAACCCCAACUUUUCCAACCGGACCAUCAAGACCUCCAACUCAACCUGGAAGACCGGGGGGUGGAUACCCUACUCCAGGUCCACGACCAACACCAGGUUUUCCUACACCAACAAACAGACCAACUGGGGGCUACCCUGGACCAGGACCACGACCCACUCCCGGAUUUCCGGAUUAUCCUGGGCAACCCUCUGGCAAUAACGGCAACACUGUUCCGGGGCAUGAACAUCACCACGAGCCAGGAAUGCCAUUUGAUUUCAAUUAUGCCGUCAAGGAAGACGCAUUCGGUAAUGACUAUUCACACAAUGCAAUUAGUGACGGAGAUAUUGUAAAAGGUGAAUACCGAGUUCAACUUCCGGAUGGGCGCACGCAAAUAGUUCGUUACACAGCCGACUGGAAACACGGUUUCAGUGCACAGGUCACUUACGAGGGAACACCGCGGAUAGAUCUUCAGCGACCUCCUGGUGCUUUCAGGGGUUAUUAA